GAGCUCCUUGAGUUGUGAUGAAAUUACGAAUAAAUAAACAACACUUUCACUAAACAUUACAUAACCCAAACAAAACCACCUAUUUUUAUACCCUUCCAGGGAGUCUUUAAAUUUUGAAAAGCACAGAAGGCAGCAUUUUACUAUCAAGUGAUUUUAUGAACUUAAUAAUUCCGUAGAGCAAUCAACGAAAGAGCGUAAAAUUUUAAAGAGCCCACGCAAAUCACGCCUCUAUUAACGUUGACACCAUAAUUGCAUUCGAAUUGCCUUUCACCAAAAAAUAAAUAAAUUAGGCUUGCUUUGGAUUAAGCCCAAAGUUGGGAUUCAUGGAUAUUACCCAAGCAAUUCAGAAAGUGUUUAUGUAAUCCGGAUCCAUAUAAAGUCUCAUGCGCAGCAGAUAAAAGACAGUUGUUGAUGGUCUUUUGUGAUAUACAUUCACCCACUUUUGAAAAUAUGUUGGGCUUAAGAGUGUUUUUUGUGUCUAAUAUUAUUUUACUAGUUAGUUUCCAUGGAAAGUGUGCGGUCGUGGAAAGAGAUAAUACACUUCAUUCAAGAGAUGAUGGUGUAAAUAAUGCCCUGAUUGAAGCUCAGUCGAUUGGAAGAAUUGUAAACCGCAUAAGUAACAAGGAAGUUAAUCAAAACCCCGCGCCGCCAGCUAGUUAUGUUGGUGAUAUCACGCGUGCAUCCAAUUCUGAUCAGGAACACCCUUGCCCACACGCUCCAUCUGAUAUACCUCAAAUUAAUGCUGCUGUAGAACCAAAAAUCAAUGAAAACCCAUCAGUAACGCGAACAGAGUUCGGUUCCCAAAUAAACAGUCAGUCAACAUAUUCCUCUGAUUUCCAAUUGCAAAUACAGAACACACGACCAGUUCAACACAUUCAUUACCAUUAUCUUGUCCCCAAUACCACUCCAAAGCCGAUAGUAAAUUAUGUAUCUCAAAGUGACUCCAACACCUACAAUGUAAAUUUCGAAACAAACCAUUAUUCGACUGUGGACUCGCAGCCUUCACAUAUCAAUGGAAAUAAUCUGCUGUAUACCAAUCGAGAAGUAGCGCAACUUAACCCUUUAUAUUCAGCUGUGGACAAUAGCGAAUAUAUCUACGAUUCCCCGGACGAGCACCAGGGUCAGGCAUCUGAAAAUACAUCGGUGUACGAAUUUAGAGAUCCGGGCGAGAUUUUUAUAGAUGAAACUCAACAGCUUACCGCUACACUGAAAACCAACACGGAAACACCAAGUCAAAACCAACCAGUUGAUACAGUCAUCCCAAAUCCAAAUCCACCGGAAGUGUACUUCAUAAAAUAUUAUGAUAAUGGAAGCAACCAAACUACAAUCUCACCUGACUCACAGAAAUUAAUUGAUUCCUCGAAUGAAGUGUCAGACGGCAGUGGAUUAAUAGACAUUAGAGCAGGCAUUGAUGAAAUUCUGGAUAGUCAAAUAAAAUCAACCACUCCAUAUAAUGAACAUUCUGAGUACAACGUUGCCAUAAAUUAG